UGCCGUCUCAUCGCUUGCGUGCCCAGGCCCGCGUGUGCGUCGUUUCGCCGUGCGGAGCCUGUGACCCGUGUCGUCCUGCACGUGCGUGCGCCCGUCGCCGACAACUGCGCUGGCCCCGUCGUGCGUGCGUCCACUCCUCUGACCCCGCUGCCUCGUCCACUCCCCCAACCAUGCCGCCCCGACCUGAUGUCGUUGAAUGGAUCCCCAAUUCCUCAGCAUGGUGUGGGGCAACACAGCACGAGAUCUCUGAUGAAGGCGUUGGACUUGUCAUGGGUUUCAGAUGGGAUGGACCCCAACAUAGCCUAUAGAUUUGCCAUCUGCAUCGCUGGCUAUUAUGAGCAUGGCACACAUGUGUGUCAUGACACCUGCAAUAAAAAUUGGGUUCGUGAUAAGGAUACAAUUUCAUGGAUGGAUUUGUAUGCUGACUUAGAUGAUGAGAUAAAGCAAGGCAGUGUCCAAAGUUCUUCAGUGAGCUUUUGGGACAAGGUUGCAUGUGAGUAUAGCGACAUUGAUUUUGAUUCCUCAUUACUUGCAGCAAUUGAUAUGUAUUGGGACAUCAGAAGGCUUCCUGUGGUAGUUUCAAUCAUUAUCCAGCCAAGUCAUGUUAGCAGUUUAUGUAUUGAAGUUGCUGCUGUUGAUAUGAAAUCAAGUCCGCUGUUGAUAUGUAGUACUGAAAUGAAGUCAGAUUUUGUUGCUAAUGUGACUAAUGAUCCUGAUUCUCAUACCAAUGAUCCUUGCGGUGAGAAUGAUGAAAUAGAGUGUCGGGUAUCAAUAUUAGGGAUACCAAAGAAGUGGGGAUUAACAGAUAAGCAAGCUGUUUGUCAAAGGUGCUUGAUGAAGGCUUUCGGUUACAAUUUGCUUUCGGUUUCGCAAUUACUUGAUGAAGGCUUUGAGGUGCGUUUCAAGAAUGGGUCUUCACGGAUUCUUGAUUCCCAGGGUGAGCUUGUGUGCAUGAUCAUCCCUGAGGGUCAGAUUUUUCGUGCUGAUUUUUCUACUUCCUUUGGACCUUCACGGUGCUUGGUUGCCAGUUCUUCUUCUGAGCUUUGGAAAUGGAAUAGGAGACUAGAACGCUUGAGUUUUAAUUUGCUUUCAUGCCUGAGUUCAUUGGGUCUUGUUUGAGAUCUUCUUAAUCUAAAGUUUGAGAAGGAUUUGGUUUGUGCUCUAUGUCAUCAUGGGGAGUGAUUGCUGCCUCUCACCCACAUAUAAAUCAGGUGAUGACUGACCAUCCGGCUGAGCUUCUACAUAUGGACAAUGUUGGUCCUGCUCGGGUACAUUUAGUUGGUGGGAAAUGGUACGUUCUAGUGAUCAUAGACAAUUUUUCUUGCUAUUCUUUGGGCUACUUUCUUGAGACAAAGGAUGAAGUCUUUUAUUGGUUCGAGAUCUGGUUUUGAGGCUGAAGAACGAGUGACCACCAUAUGACCCCAUUAGAGCUAUUCAUAGUGACAAUUGGAUAGAUUUCAAGAAUGCUCGUUUUGAGGCUUUCUGUCGUGAUCAUGGUCUCGAACAUAAGUUUUCUUCUCCCCAUGUGUGCCCUAUCAUAAUGGAGUUGUUGAGUGCAAGAACCGGACCCUCGUUGAGAUGGCUAGGAUGAUGCUCAAUGAGCAUGGGAUUCCUAGGAAGUAUUGGGCCGAGGCGAAAAAUAUUGCUUGUUAUAUUUCAAAUCGGAUUUUCUUGCGUGCUUUCAUAAAGAAAACUUCUUAUCAGCUCAUGCACCGACGUGCAACCAAGGUAAGCCAUUUGAGAUCUUUCGGGUGCUGUUGCUUCAUCUUGAAAUAAGGUAACUUGGACAAAUUUGAGUCUCAUUCUUCGAAUGGUUUGUUUCUUGGUUAUGCUAAUCAUAGUCAUGCUUAUCGUGCUCUCAACCUUGAGACUAACCGGAUAGUAGAGACGUGUGAGAUGACAUUCGAUGAGUCCAUACCUUGUGCAAACAGUGGCUUUGAGCUUGGAGGUGACGAUGAGCUCGGACUAAACAUACUUGAGGCGGACAUUGUUGUUGAUGCAGGUGUUCAAGCUGAAGACGAUGGAUCAGUAACAUUCAUGAACAUACCACUAGGCACAGCUCCAGGAUCUCACACUUUGCACAUUCUUCUUUUGUUGCCUCCUUUGAGCCCCGAAAUAUUGGACAUGCUUUAUCUGAUGCAAAUUGGGUUAAUGCCAUGCAUGAGGAGUUGGAAAACUUUGAGAGAAAUCAAGUUUGGACCCUAGUUGAGCCUCCACCAAAUUGCCAUCCUAUAAGAACCAAAUGUGUGUUUAAGAAUAAGCAGGGGGAGGACGGACUUGUUGUUCUCAACUAGGCUCAUUUAGUAGCACAGGGUUUUUGCUAGAAAGAUGAGAUAGACUAUGAGGAAACCUUUAACCCUGUUGCUCGCCUUGAAGCCAUUAGAAUCCUUCUUGCUUUUGCAGCCUUAAGAGGGUUUAAACUAUUUCAGAUGGAUGUUAAGAGUGCCUUCUUGAAUGUGUUUAUAGAGGAAAAAGUGUAUGUGAGGCAACCCCCUGGCUUUGAGAGUUCCCAUUCCCAGUUCCAAAACUGAGUGUUCAAGCUUAGGAAAGCUUUGUAUGGAUUGAAACGGGCACCACAGGCUUGGUUUGCCAGGCUAAAAUCCUUUUUGCUUGAGAGCGGUUUUGAGAUGGGGAGUGUUGAUAAGACAUUUUUUCUCCUCAGGCAUGGGCAUUAUAUCCUAAUUGUUCAGAUUUACAUGGAUGAUAUUAUCUUUGGUGGCUCUUCUCAUGAACUUGUUGCCAAGUUUGCAGACACCAUGAGCAGGGAGUUCAAGAUGUCCAUGAUGGGAGAGCUCACUUUCUUCCUAGGCUUGCAAAUCAAGCAAGUCAAAGAGGGCACAUUCAUCCACCUAGGUAAGUAUACCAAGGAUGUGCUAAAGAAGUUUGAUGUGGGUGUUGACGGCGCUUAAGUACUAAUUUUAGGCCGUCAAAUCUUGCAGAAAUGCGUAAAAGAUGAGCAUCAACCUAGUGGUCGGGUUUAUUACUAACAAUUUCCACAAGUGUUGGUAAAUAUUUGUAUGCAGUUCAAUUAAGGGAGAAAACACACCUCAAGAGCAAGAUGACACAUGAUCUAUCCGAGACAACACAUUCUCGACAAAUCAGGCGCGUUCAUGAGGAUCCAUGGGCCCACCUGAACUAGCAAAGCGACUUAAAAAGGGCUCACCAGGAAUUGACAUAGGGUCCACCAAGUAGUGUCCAGAAAAAAUUUGGGGCCGUUUGUCCGCCUUUUUUGGUUGGCCGCCCGACCAUAUGUCGGUGCCCCUGAUGCCCAUCUUUCACGUGUCGGCUCUCCAUUGGAUGUAGAAGAUGGUUCUAGGAGGCAUAGGGUCCAAUUCUCAGGCGAGCACCCCAUGGUUCCCUUCUAUAAAUAGUAGAAGGGGGCUCCAAAUGAGAAACAUCCAACAAGUGUGAUCAACACUUCUCAAACUUGUCUUUAGAAUAGGGAGAGGGUAGAGGUACUCAGGAGGGGCGCCGGUCUUCGGUGCUCUGUUGGUGAAGAGUGACUCUAGAAGGGACGAACACAACAAUAGUGGGAAACACGCGCAGUACGAAGGAGUAGACAACUCGUGAUAGCACACAUGGCCUUCGGACAAUCGACCAGUGUUCUCUCUCUUUGUAUUCAAU